AUGGAUAGACUCUCGCUCAAAUAUGCUCGCACUUUGUGUGGAGCAUUGGACUGUUCGGCUGGUUUCUGGCAGAGGGAAGAGGACAUGAUUUUGCUCGAUAUCUGUGACGGACCGAAAAAUUCCCUCAACUUUACCACCGAUGAGAAGAUCACCGCCAAGGGAUUCAAAUUAAAAUGGACUGCAAAAUGUGGAUCGACCUACACCCUCGAUCAUGGUGUCAUCACAUCUCCACAUUACCCUGACUACUACCCAAAUACUGACGAUGAAUGCAGAUACGCCAUAAAUCCAGAAACGCCUGGGGAGAAAGUGAUUGUAUUGAAAGUUCUCGAUCUCGACUUGAGCCCCUUUAUGUACGACAUGAAACGAAGCCCGUGCGUGACUGAUUACGUCGAAAUUAGCGAUGUGACCCGGGUAGUGAAAACCUACUGUGCAUCUCAAAGCGGUGAAGAAUUCGAGCCAUUGGCUAUCAAGGGUGCUGUCUCGGUCGUCUUCCGCUCCAAUCACACUUUCUUGGGGCCUGUAGAGAAAAAGUUGCGCCGUGGCUUCAAGAUUUCCUAUGCUCUGAAUGCAUGCGGUGAAGAAAUCGAUUUGACAACUGCUGAUAAUAGACCACAUUGGACACAGGUGACUUCCCCGGCAUUCCCGAUGGUACACCAUGAGAAUCUGAAUUGCUGGUGGAACAUCACUACCUCGGAGAACAGAAUUUUGCAUGUGAAAUGGGACAAAUUGGACCUGGAACCAGCGCCAGGGUGUGAGCAUGACUUUGUCGAAUUGGUUGACGGUAGUAACACUACAAAAACCAAGUCAAGCGGAAGAUUCUGCGGAUUAAUUACACCAACAAAAACUAUCCGAACUGAGGGGAAUAAGUUAUCGGUUCACUUUGUCACCGACCAUAAUGUGAAUCACGGCGGAUUUAAGAUGACGAUCACAGCAACCCUUGGUCCAUCUGAAGGAUGCGGUGGUACGAGGAAAGCUCGAGCAGAUUGGCAAAGAAUCGAGGCUCCAGUGGAUAAAAAUGGCACCUAUGUAGCUGAUCUGCAAUGUGGAUGGUUGAUUAAAACUGACCCCACUAAAAGAAUAGAACUUCGACUUGUUGCUAUUGACACCGAGGACCAGGUUGGACAAGUGGCAGAUCAAGAUCGGCGGUGUAACGAUGGAUUGAUGAUCUAUGAUGGAUAUCCUAAUAGCAGUCCGGCCCUUGCCGGGGAUAUUUGCAAUGCUACCUUGAAAAAAACUACUCUCCCCAUCUACUAUCAUACUUCCGGCCACGCAGCGUAUGUUGUGUUUGUUAGCGACUUUGGAGGCACAGGACGUGGAUUUACCCUUGAAUAUCGAACAUUUGAUGUCGAAUGCGGUGGCUUCCUGAAUGCAACAACAACCGAACAAUCAAUCGAAUUUGACGAUCAGGUGUUUGUGCAACGCGAAGGGAGAACGAUGUUGCGAUGCCGUUGGUUAAUCACGGCGACGGAAGCGUUCCCAGUGCUCAUUAAAUUCUCGAAUUUCCAAUUCCCGAGAGGUGCUUGCGAUACGAACUUUGUGGAUAUACGCGAUAUUGGUACUGUGUCGAAAUGUAGUCAUCCGGCAUGUGCUUCCAAAGACGAAGAAUUGCAGUCGCAGCAUUAUUGCGGGACCAACCGGCCACGUACACAAUUUAUUGGGCUUUCGACCGCGGUUCAGAUUACUGCCUCGGUUGCGUUGGCAAAAAGUGAUGAUUUUGACUUCAGAUUUGAAUAUGUCUUAUUGCCAAGUAAGCACUUCAACCUGGAAACAGGGCGUCCGGUGGAAGAAAUGACACAAAGGCGAUAUCGGGACGGCACGAGGCGCUACAACUGCGAAUUCGACAACGUUACGAUUCAAUUGUUAACUGAUGACACGGGAACCAUGUCUGGAUACGAGGCCUAUUAUUAUUCCGUUUGGAUCCACACUCAGGCCGGAAUUGGAACCGCCUACCAAUUUUCGGAAAUCUCCGAUCCACAAGGAGCAAUUACGAAUAUUGGAUAUCCAAACGGAUACCCGAAACAAGGGGUGCAAAGUUGGAAUCUCUAUUUGCCUGCUUAUAAAACCUGCACAUUCACCGUGGAUCGGAUGGGUAUCGAUAUCGUUAGUCCAGAAAACGAAUGUAAAGACGAAUAUCUGCGAAUAUUAACAAAUCACGAUGAUAUAAAAAUGAGCAGUUGUUUGAACGGAACGUUGGAAUUCCCGUUCUCUUUCGAGGUCGAACCGGCCGCCAGAAAUAAAGCCACAGUCGUUUUUCUUUCUGAUGACAAUCUAUCCAACGAUGGAGCUGGCUUUUUCUUGACAUGGGAAUGCUCGAAUGACCAUAUACUUCUCGAUUCAUACGCUCCG